AUGAAAAGAUGGCAACAAGAUUUCUCUUCAUCACAUCAUCAUCAUCAAGAUUCUCGGGAAAAGAAGAGUCCUAUUCCUUUGGAAUUACCAUUGCUGGUUCCUCGGGAUAAGAAUUUUACGAGUUAUCAUGGAUUUAUUACUUUGGAUCACGAUGAUGAUCAAACAUUGUUGGAAUGGCCUUGUCAAGUACAUUUUCAACCAAAAAUCAAUACAACUGUUGGCCGAUCUAAUCAUCAGGAUGGCACUCAUCAUUACGAUAUCAAUCAUGGACUACAAGAUAAAAAAUUACAAUCAGUACAGAUCUUAACAUGUCCUUCCUUACAGGAAUUGUUAGCUAAAAAACCAAAUACAACACGUUCAGCAUCAUCCUCUUCCAAUCAGCCAAUACCACAAACUUUUGAACACUUGUUGGUGAAUAGACUUUUAAAAUGUCAUCAAAAUGAUGUGGAUGCACCCUUCUCGCAACAAUGUGCAAAUCUAUUGUGUGAAAUGAAAAAUUCGCUCUCUCAAAUACAUUCUCUAAAUUCAAACGUGCUCCCAACGACAAGUGUCAAGAACGAAAAUUUAUUUAAUCCAGGAGCAUUUUACAAGCAAUUUUUAAAACAAGUGGAUGAAAUUGGAUGGAAUAAGGUAGCAGAUUUAAAAGUAGACUUAUCCACGGUUACUCUGUGCAUUACUGAUUUACAAGAUCGAAAUCACUACGUUGAAGUCCAUACGUCAACCAUGGACACAAUGGCUGAGAUUCCACCGGAAUGCCAAGCGCUUGUGGAUGCAGAGUUGAGCAAAAUAUCCUCAUCCCAUAUUGUACGAAAUGAUGUAAUGAUAGACGAUGAUAACACUCAACAUGUAUUAUCAUUGAGUGUUAUUCAUGACAAGUACAGGGAGAUGAUUGAGAAGUUGUCUGAUUUUUUCACAGUGAUUGAGGAUUUUGACGAGCAUUUGAGAAUUUUGGAACCUGAAAAACCCACGCGUAGCCAUACUAUGAGACGUAUUGUUAUUGGAAAUCACUGCUCACUUCAACUGCAAAUAGAUCCAUUUAAACCAAGAGAGAGACCAAAAGACAUCAAAUUACUCGGUUCUGACUCGAUCAUUUCUCCACUGCGUUUAAAAAUGAAUCAGAAUCGAAACAAGUGGGAUUUGAACAAGUUAUUACGAGAGAAUCUUGAAACAGUCAUGGAGAUUACAUUUCCAGCCAAGAAGAGUACAGAUCCAAAUGUCAUGAACACUGAAGAAGAAUACUCUGAGAAUUGUGGUGUUUGUUAUUCGUACCGUAUGAACAUGAAAGUUCCAGAUAAGGUUUGUGACAAUGAGAAAUGUGGCAUGCCAUUCCAUACAGAAUGUUUGGUUGAGUGGCUGAGAUCUAUUCCAGGAACACACCAAUCAUUUGAUACCAUGUUUGGUUCAUGCCCUUAUUGCUCUUCUCCAAUUAGCGUGUCUAUCAUCAAGUAG